CCCCACGUGUUGGUUGAGCCUUGAGGGGCCAUGGCGGAUGAGAAGCUGAAGGAAAUCCGCGCAGAUUUUGUGAACUGUGCUAACAAGACCCUCGUCAGCCAGCUCCUCGAUAAGCUUCUCCAGGAAGGAGUCCUGAACGAGGAGGAGGCAGAUGAGGUGAAGGAGAACACGAAGAAGCAGGACCAGGCAAGGAUCUUGAUCGACCACGUGAGGAGGAAGGGGCCCAGAGCCAGCCAGAUCUUCAUCCAGGCCCUCCAGUGCCAAGACAGCUUCUUGGCUGAAGAACUAAGGCUUCAAGUCCCUCAUCCAGAGCAACAGGCUCGUUUGCCACUCCAGGAAGUCGGCCCAAAGGCCAUCGCCUCAGCAAAAGCAGCUCAGCUGCAGGAGACCAGCGAUGGGCUCACGCUUUGCCCCCUGGACCUCUUUCAGAAAAUACAAGCUGAGGAAAAGGACGAGAUCUACCCGAUCAAGGACAAAGAGACACGCACCCGACUGGCCUUGGUCAUCUGCAACAUUGAUUUCAAGCACUGUAGCAACAGGGAAGGAGCCGAGGUGGAUCUGGUCCAGAUGAAGCUUCUCCUGGAAGGGCUGGGAUACAGGGUGGAAACCGAGACCAACUUAUGCUCACAAGAUAUGGCCGAGCGCUUAAAGAGCUUCGCAGCCCAGGAGGAACACAAGACCUCCGAUAGCACCUUUGUGGUGCUCAUGUCUCACGGCCUCCGGGAAGGCCUGUGUGGGGUGAAGAAUGAGGACUCGUGCUCAGAUCUCCUCUCCGUGGACACUGUCUUCUCCACCUUCAACAACAAGAACUGCCCGGCUCUGAGGGGGAAGCCCAAGGUCAUCGUCAUCCAGGCCUGCCGUGGCGCGAAUAAAGGAUUUGCAUAUGUGAGCGACUCGGCAACACCUUCGGCCACCCCCCUCAGCCCUGUCCAGUGGCCGGAAGAAGACUUUGAGAGCGAUGUCAUUCAGAAAGUACACGUGGAAAGCGACUUCAUCUGCCUCUAUUCCACAACCCCAGAUAAUGUAUCCUGGAGAAGCCCCCGAACUGGAUCUCUCUUCAUCACGCAGCUGAUCAAAGAUAUCAAGAAACAUGCCUGGAACUGCAACCUGGAGGAGAUCUUCAGAAAGGUCAUGCAGUCCUUUGAAAAAAACCCAUGCCAGAUGCCCUCCAAGGACCGAACCACCCUGACCAAAAAGCUCUACCUUUUCCCGGGGCACUAAAACUUGAGUGAAGGGGCAGCAUUCUGAACUGAGUCCCUUUCAGCUCCUCUGGACAAUCAUAUACGGUGGAACCUC